UUGCAGCUUGGGAGAGAACAACUCAGCGAGAUCGACCCAACCCAGAGCUAAUUACAACCUCCUGUCUUUGUUGGGUUGUUCAAUGCCUACGAAUUGCUACGCUCCCGGUCGGCGGUGACCAUGAAAGUACGAUCUAUCAGUCGCGAUGUUUCGAAUCCUCGAAUCGCAAGCGCCGGCCAAACAAACGGCUACGGACACAAUCAACACCCUCACGAGUAGGUUGCAGAGUGUGACACUACUGGAAGAUAGGCGGGCGGCUAUACAAGGGUUGAGAAGCUUUGCAAAGAUCUAUCCUGCCUCUGUUGCAUCAGGAGCGCUUCGACCGUUGAUUAGCAGCCUCCGAAAUGACCGAGAAGAUGUGGAUACAAUCAAGGUGGUCCUAGAGACCUUGUUGAUGCUAUUUUCCCCAGAUGAGAACAGUCCCGAAGCAUCUGAUGAAAUAGCCCUCUGGCUUGCGGAUGAAUUCACACAGCGGCAAGAUAAUAUUACAGCUCUUCUUGACCUUUUAGAAACCAAGGAAUUUUACUCCCGCCUCUAUUCGUUACAGUUAAUGUCCCAUAUCUCUGGUGCGCGACCGGAAAGAACACAGGAAUGUAUAUUCACAGCGCCAUUGGGAAUCCCGAGAUUAGUUGCUGCUCUGGGUGAUGUUCGGGAGCCAGUUCGAAAUGGUAUGUCGUUUCGCUUCAAAGGUCAUACUGUCGCGAAACGACGUUGCUAAUUGAUCUUGGACUUUAAUAGAAGCGUUACUGUUGCUCAUUGCUGUGACACCCGAC